AAGACAUCAGUCAUGGCGGGCGAUGCCAUCAUGGUCGUGAAGGGCUUGACAAAGCUUAGUAAAGCAGUCCUAGAGACCCAGGCAGGACAGCUUCGGCAGGUGCUCCUUGGGGGCGAUGCAGUUACCAUGGCAAGGACUCUCCAAGCUGCUGCUGAAGAACAGUUCAGUUCUGCCCUGGGGAAAGUGCAGGAACUAGGCAAACAGCAGGAGAACUUAACUGAGCUCAGUGAGGAUUUUGGGAAAGACUAUGACUUCUCAGCCCGAGAGCCAUCAGAUGCUCCAAUGGACUUCUCCACUGCCCCUGGCAAGCCUCACGAACGCAGCAGCGAAGGCCCUGCUCACUCUUAUACUACGAAUGGACCUUUUAGAAGUGCUGGUGAGACUGGAGAUUCUGGCAUGGGUCAGAAGCCUUUCCCUCCCAAAAUGGAUGCAAGGUUAUUUGGAGGCUUUAGGGACCCUGGAAAUCCUUUUGCUGCUGCCUUUGGACAAAAUAGGGCUUUUCACCAAGACCAUUCCUCUGUUAGUGGAUUAACAGCUGAAGAUAUUGAUAAAGCCAGACAGGCCAAAACAGGUUCAGAGCAGAAACCCUACAAACAGAUGCUUAGUGAGCGGGCCCGGGAGAGGAAGGUUCCCGUCACAAGGAUCGGACGGCUCGCCAACUUUGGAGGACUAGCUGUUGGUCUUGGCAUUGGGGCGUUGGCAGAAGUUGCAAAGAAGAGCCUUAGACCUGAGGAACGCAAUGGAAAGAAAGCAGUGAUGGAUUCCAGCCCAUUCCUGUCGGAGGCCAAUGCAGAAAGAAUUGUGAGAACCUUGUGCAAGGUCCGGGGAGCGGCGCUGAAGCUGGGUCAGAUGUUAAGCAUUCAGGAUGAUGCCUUCAUCAACCCCCAUCUCCAGAGGAUUUUUGAGCGUGUGCGUCAGAGUGCUGACUUCAUGCCGAUAAAGCAGAUGACGAAAACUCUGAACAAUGAUCUUGGCCCCAACUGGAGGGAUAAACUGGAGUCCUUUGAAGAACGCCCCUUUGCUGCUGCUUCAAUUGGUCAGGUUCACCUGGCACGCUUGAAAAAUGGGACAGAAGUUGCCAUGAAAAUCCAGUACCCCGGAGUCGCCCAGAGCAUCAACAGUGAUGUUAACAACCUGAUGACUGUCCUGAGCAUGAGCAAUAUUCUCCCUGAAGGUUUGUUCCCUGAGCAUUUGAUUGAAGUCCUGAGCAGAGAGCUGGCCCUGGAGUGUGACUACGAGAGAGAAGCUGCCUGCGCAAGGAAAUUCCAGGAGCUGCUGAAAGACCAUCCCUUCUUUUACGUCCCAAGAGUAGUGGAUGAGCUGUGCAGCAAGCAUGUCCUGACCACAGAGCUGGUGUCUGGCUUCCCCUUGGAUCAAGCUGUAGGGCUGAGCCAGGAGAUUCGAAAUGAGAUCUGUCACAACAUCCUGGUCCUGUGUCUGCGGGAGCUGUUUGAGUUCAGGUACAUGCAGACUGACCCAAACUGGUCAAACUUCUUCUACGACCCACAGUUGCACAAGGUGGCCCUGCUGGACUUUGGAGCAACACGAGGGUUUGAUGAGAAGUUCACAGAUGUCUACAUAGAGGUAAUCAAGGCAGCUGCUGACAUGGACAGAGACAGAGUACUGAAGAAGUCAAUUGAAAUGAAAUUCCUCACUGGCUAUGAAGUCAAGGAAAUGGAAGAUGCCCACUUAAAUGCUGUCCUCAUCCUGGGAGAGGCUUUUGCGUCCGAGGAACCUUUUGAUUUCGGCAGCCAAAGCACCACUGAAAAGAUCCAUGCUUUAAUCCCAGUCAUGCUGAAGCAUCGACUUGUCCCUCCGCCAGAGGAGACCUACUCUCUUCAUCGGAAGAUGGGGGGUUCUUUCCUUAUCUGCACCAAACUGAAGGCCAAAAUUCCCUGCAAAAACAUGUUCCAAGAGGCAUAUAGCAAAUAUUGGAGCAGUAGGGGCAAAAAGCCAGAGGAGUAGUAAGAAUGAACUAACAUGUCUUGUUCUGAGGGCACAGUUCAUCUGAGCCUUGCAGAGAGCGUUCUAGCCUCCCAUGCGUUGCACCCCAGCCCUCCAUCCUUUUGAGAUGCAGCAGCCUGUGCCCUGGAAGCCACGUGUGCGUUUCACAAGGACAAAGCUCUUCUUUCAUGCUGUGUCUGUCCUACACUGACUGCCAGUACAGUCUGCAGCUUGCGGGAAACUAUCUUCUUGAGUGCUUCUGUACUGUUGAAAGGCACCAGCUGACUGCCUUGAAUGCAUUUUUAACGUUGUGAUGGUGGCUGCAUAUUGAUUGGGUUUUAUAACGAGAAGGGGAAGGAGGACAAGAGCAGAAUUUAAUAUUGAAACCCGUUUGUAACUCUCCAAAAAUUGUUUUUUAAAAACCUUCCCUCUCUCACGCUAAGGUGGAAUUCAAGUAGUUUUCAUACUGUGAAUUAUAGAAUGAAAUACCAAGGUGU